AUGCCACACUCAGUUUCUCCUCCCACGGUCCCCAUCAUGCUCACCAAAUCAUCCGCUCCCUCAGGCGUACCUCCAACCCUUGAGGAAGUCUCCUCCUUCCUUGACACAAUCUUCAAAUCCAAGACCUCGCAAGAGUCAGUUGACGCCUCUUACGCUCUCACAAACCUCCUAAUCACUUCGGUCGGCUUCCGCGGCUUUCGCGCAUAUGGCGUACUGGACGAGAUCAGGAAGGCUGCUGCAGACAAGAAAGAUGGCUCGAAGAGGGAGAGCGCGAUGAAUCUUCUGGGUGCGCUGUUCGAGAAGUUUCCACCUGCGCAAGCGAUCAGCGAGGUCGUGUUUUUGUUACAAGAUGGGGGCGUCGUCCCGCCUGCGCUGGAUGCACUGGCGGACAAGGGCGCCGUGGUGAAGGAAUCUGCGCAGUAUGCCCUGGAUGCGCUUUUCAAGAACCUACCCCCCGAGAGCUUGGUCGUUGGUCUCAUUCCCGUACUGUCACAAUACUUGGGUAAGAGGUCUGGGAAAUGGCAGGGAGCCGUGGGCGCGUAUGAGAUGUUGGGGAGAAUGGCGGUCAAGGCGAAGAUGGGUCAAGGUAGUAAGGAGGAAGAAAGGACCAAGGACUUGCUGAGGGAGAGUAUGGGAAAGAAGUUGGCGGGGCUGAUACCGAUAGUUGAGACAGGGAUGCACGAUUUGAAAGCUGAGGUUGGCAAGCAAGCUUUGAAGACGAUGACAUCCCUUACAACCCUACUGUCUAAUGACGAUGUAGCACCUCGGAUACCGCUCCUCAUCAAGACUAUGCAAAACCCCUCCACUGAAACCCUACAAAAGGCCAUACACGCCUUGUCCCAGACUACCUUUGUCGCCAUUGUCACAUCUCCUGUCCUCGCCCUCCUCACGCCGCUCCUUGAGCGAUCUCUGAAUACCCCUACAACAUCUCAGGAAGUUCUACGGCAGACAGUGGUUGUAGUGGAGAAUCUGACAAAACUGGUGCACGAUCCGAUUGAGGCGAGAACCUUCCUGCCAAAAUUGAAGCCUGGUGUUCAGGGAGUCAAAGACCGAGCAUCUCUACCCGAAGUCAGAGAAAUGGCUACGAGGGCAUUGCAGGUCAUAAGGACUGCCAUGAAAGAUGACGACGGCAACUUGUUGAGUGGUCAAAUCGCGCCUACUUCUGCCGAAGACGUGCUGAGAGUCUUGGAAAAAGACGUCAAAAUGCGUGGUGGUGUUACCGGAGAGCCAGGCGAUGUCGAGCUAUGGACAGUCACAAAAGGUUAUAUCUCGGAAAUGGUCAAGGAGGAUGUAAACCUUCGCCAGGUUUCUCGCAUCGGCUCCUGCACCGGUCGCUACCUACAGCAGCUGUUGAAGACGGGAGAAGCCGACUUGGUCUCGCAGGCAUUGGAGAAGUAUUUCGUCGACGAAGACCAUCGCAAGUUUGGACAGCCCAUCAAGGAAGACACAGGCGAGAUCGAGAUCGUGAACACCGAUUUUUCUUUGGCAUACGGUGGUAUGCUGCUCUUGUCACACACCAACAUCACCCUGCAUAAAGGUCACAGAUAUGGUCUUUGCGGAAGAAAUGGGGCUGGCAAAUCCACCCUUAUGCGAAGUAUCGCAGAGGGCAAGCUGGAAGGCUUUCCGAGCAAGGAUCAGCUCAAGACUUGCUUCGUGGAGCACAACCAAGGCGAAGACGCGGACUUGAGCAUCCUUGAAUUUGUUGCCAAGGAUCCUGAGCUGGCAGCUUCUGGAAAAGAGCGUAUCUCAGAGGUUCUGAGCGAAGUUGGAUUCACUGCUGGUCCCAAUGGACGGCAACAAGAGAAAGUCGGAUCGCUGUCUGGUGGAUGGAAGAUGAAGUUGGCUCUGGCUAGAGCUAUGCUCAUGGGUGCGGAUGUGCUGCUCUUGGACGAACCUACCAAUCAUCUGGACGUUGGGAACGUCAAGUGGCUAGAGGAGUACCUCAGGAGCCAUACCGAAAUCACCAGUCUGAUAGUCAGUCACGACUCUGGCUUCCUCGACAAUGUGUGUACGGACAUCUACCAUUAUGAGCAGAAAAAACUGGUCUGCUACCCUGGAAACCUUGCGGCCUUUGUCCGAGUCAAGCCUGAAGCGAAGAGUUAUUACACGCUGUCGGCGUCUCAGGUCCAAUUCAAGUUCCCGAACCCAGGUAUCCUGACUGGUGUUAAAUCAUCCACGAGAGCCAUCAUCCGCAUGCAGAACUGUACAUAUUCCUACCCUGGAUCCACGAAACCAUCCCUUCAAGACGUCACAUGCGCCCUCACACUCUCUUCCCGAACAGCAAUCAUCGGAGCUAACGGUGCGGGCAAGUCUACGCUGAUCAAGUUGUUGACUGGCGAGACAAUCCCUCAGACCGGCAGAGUCGAGAAGCAUCCCAACCUGCGUAUUGGGUACAUCAAGCAGCAUGCCCUUGAGCAUGUGGAAAUGCACAUGGAGAAGACCCCAAAUCAGUAUCUCCAAUGGCGGUACGCGAAUGGUGACGAUCGAGAAGUGCUAAUGAAGCAGACCAGAGUGCUCACUCCAGAGGACAAGGCUCAGAUGGAGAAAAUUGUCGCCCUGCCAGGACUGGGCGAGCGAAAGGUCGAAAACCUGAUGGGAAGACAGAAAUACAAGAAGACGUUCCAGUACGAAGUCAAGUGGGCAGGCAUGCUGCCCAAACACAACACCCAAGUCUCCCGCGAAACGCUUGUAGAACUCGGUUUUGGUAAGCUGAUCCAGGAAUUCGACGACCACGAAGCUUCGCGUGAAGGUCUCGGCUUCCGCCUCCUCGAGCCCAAAGUGAUCUCCAAGCAUUUUGAAGACAUCGGCCUGGACCCUGAGAUCGCAAACCACAACGAGAUCUCCGGUCUUUCAGGCGGACAGAAAGUGAAGGUCGUCCUUGCAGGCGCCAUGUGGAACAACCCCCAUCUUCUUGUCCUCGAUGAACCUACCAAUUACCUCGACCGCGACUCACUAGGCGGUCUCGCCGUAGCUAUCCGCGAGUACAAAGGCGGUGUCGUCAUGAUUUCCCACAACGAAGAAUUCGUGGGCGCUUUAUGCCCCGAGCAGUGGCACGUCGCUGACGGGCGAGUGACGCACAAAGGGCAUUUGGCUGUCUCAAUGGAUCGAUUUGAAGAUAGCAGGCCGGGUAGUAGUGCGGCGAGCAGUAAUGUUUCUAGCGCGACGGCGAGCGCGGUCAAUACGGAUGCGGAAGGUGAUGGGGGUAUGAAUUUCAAGGUCAAGAAGAAGACGAAGAAGUUGACGAGGGCGCAAAUGAAGGAGAGGGAGACGAGGAGGAGGUUGAGGCAUAUUGAGUGGUUGAACUCGCCCAAGGGCACGCCUCAUCCACCAGACACGGAUGAUGAUGCAUAG